UGUGCCAGCCUCAGAAUACAAUAGUGAAGAUAUGUCCUAGCCCUUAUGAAGUUUAUAUUCUAAUGUCAUAGGUAAAUAAUAAAUAAACUUAAACUUCCUCUUCCUCUUCCUUGCUUAAUUUUUUUCCCUGUGGCAUGAUUAAACUAGGCUAUUACGUAUUUUUCUUAUGUGUCUUGUGUGUGGUCUAGCCCCCACAUCUUGCUUGAAUAUAAGCUCCACAGAGCAUGGAAUUUUCUUUGUUCUGUUCAUGACUACAUUUGUUUAUUGUUAAAUGAAGGAAUUAAGUAAAUAAUAUCAGGUAAUAAUAACAACUGUUAUAAAAAAAAUGGAAGUCUAAUAAUGAGUGUGUCUUUCUGUUUUGGGCAGAGUGAUUGGAAAGAGUCUUUGGAAAGGGUGACAUUUGAAUAAUGGGAUGAAGCGACAGGCUGAGAGCCAGGCAUCCUUAACAGCUGGCAGUCCCAGAUCCAUUCCUAAUCUGUGCCAGGUGCCAUCUUUCCUUCCUUCUGCAACUUUGGAAGGAAAAUGGAAUUAGAGAAGAAUGGAUCUGCUCUGGGAAAUUACCCCAAGCUCCAGAGUUCUCAUUUAGAGAUCUUACUGCUCUGUAAAAUGGAGAUUUUAAAAUCUGGAACAGCAGGGAUUUUCUGUUGGCCCUAAGGUGGAUUCAUACAUUACCAUUACAGAUGAGAGCUGGGGUUUAAAGUUCCAUCCUUUGAACAUCGUAUAAAUCUGUGCCAGAUGCCUUUAUGUCAUCUGGUACAAGUAACCUCAGAGAAAUUAGGACAACUCCAAGACCAGAGGGACCUGAUUGACUCACCUUCAAAACUGGCCUAUUUAAAAGGUCUUAGCCUCUCCCCGCUGAGAAAAGCUACAUCUAGUGGGGAAAAGACAAGGAAGGUAUUUCACCACCAAUAGAAGAAGAUGUCUUCACCCACUCCAGGGGGCUGGUUACACAGGGAAGUGAGAGCCUAACAUGUAGACUUGGGGUGACAACAUGUCCCUCAAGCUAUGUGCUGAGCACAGUAGCAGGAACAUGUCACCUAAUUCUCAGGUUGGAAAGAGUUUCUUAUCCUAAUCUUUCUUCUCUCUAGAGAGCAGGACCAUGUGGAGCAAUGCCACCUCUGUUUUAAUCUCUGGGCUUCAAAAGAAGCAGAAUUAAGGACUAAAUGAUGGAUAACCACUCUAGUGCCACUGAAUUCCACCUUGUAGGCUUCCCUGGGUCCCAAGAAUUACACCAGAUUCUUUUCGCUAUAUUCUUUUUCUUCUACUUGGUGACAUUAAUGGGAAACACAGUCAUCAUCGUGAUUGUCUGUGUGGAUAAACGUCUGCAGUCCCCUAUGUAUUUCUUCCUUGGCCACCUCUCUGCCCUAGAGAUACUGAUCACAACCAUAAUUGUCCCCAUGAUGCUUUGGGGAUUGCUGCUCCCUGGGAUGGAGACAGUGUCUUUGUCUGCAUGUAUUGCUCAACUUUUCCUGUACCUCGCUGUGGGGACCACGGAGUUUGCAUUACUUGGAGUGAUGGCUGUGGACCGUUAUGUGGCUGUGUGUAACCCUCUGAGGUACAACAUCAUUAUGAACAGCAGUACCUGUAUUUGGGUGGUAAUUGUGUCAUGGGUGUUUGGAUUUCUUUCUGAAAUCUGGCCGGUCUAUGCCACAUUUCAGUUUACCUUCUGCAAAUCAAAUUCCUUAGACCAUUUUUACUGUGACCGAGGGCAAUUGCUCAAGCUGUCCUGUGACAACACUCUUUUCACAGAGUUUGUCCUUUUCUUAAUGGCUGUUGUUAUUCUCAUUGGUUCUUUGAUCCCUACAAUCGUCUCCUACACCUACAUCAUCUCCACCAUCCUCAAGAUCCCGUCAGCCUCUGGCCGGAGGAAAGCCUUCUCCACCUGUGCCUCCCACUUCACCUGUGUUGUGAUCGGCUACGGCAGCUGCUUGUUUCUCUACGUGAAACCCAAGCAAACGCAGGGAGCCGAGUACAAUAAGAUAGUUUCCCUGUUGGUUUCUGUGUUAACCCCCUUCCUGAACCUUUUCAUCUUUACUCUCCGGAAUGACAAAGUCAAAGAGGUCCUCCAAGAUGGAGCGAAACGCUGCUGUCAACUCCUCAAAGAUUAGCUGUUCUCGAAGUCCGUGUUAGGUGGUAUAAGCCUCACUGUCAAUUAUUAAGUCACCUAGAGAACUCUAACUUCUCUCUUCUCUUAUCAUCAUUACAAAAGUCAAAGAGCGUGUACAAUUCCCAGUCACACAAUGGAAGUAGAUUAGGCUGGUAAAAGUUAAAUCCAUUCUCUGCUCAGGAGAAUCUCGUAGCCUUAGUUCCUGCCUGUUUCCACUGUUGAACAUAUUCUUGUGAUUUGGGAGAGACUAGCGAAAGGAAAUGCAUAUUUUUAAGAGUUCUAUUAGUUCAAUUAAUUUCUUUAUAGUCCACCUCUGAAGAUGUAUUUUCUGGAGAAGGGAGGAAUUGAGGAGGGAGGUGGACUGAGAGAGGUGUCCUAAUCAGAGUACAAAGGUAGGGAUGCUCACUUUGGUCCUUCAUCAACUGUUGCUAAGUCCUUUCCUCUAUUUUUGUGCAAUUUUUUGACAAGAUGACCAUAUAUAUUUUGGAUAUCCUAAGGCUCUUUUUCUCUGCCCCACUGAUACUGCAAAGCAAGUGUAACAUGUUAUUUUACACGGAUACUGCAAACUAAGUGUAACAUGUUUAUGUUUUGUCACAGAAUUAGUCUAGAAUGGUGACAUGAGGAUUGGAAUGCUUCUCGUUUGGCAAAUCUUUGUGGUGUAAAGAAGAUAAAAAUAUUUGAGGAUAAAAAUGGGGGGAAAGUUACUUUUGUUAAGCUUCAGCAUAUUUCUUUCACUGCCCAUCCUUGUGAUGGGCAUAGGGACAGGAGCAAAUAAGAACUAAAUGACUAAUUCUAGAGAGCAUUCUGUAUUUUACAGCUGUUUAAAACAAAUAUGUCUGUUCAGACUGUAUCCAGCUAUAGAUUUCAAACCUUAUAAUGUCUUUCGAUUCUUCAUCUCUCAAGUCCAACAGUCUCAAUACCAUCAUUUAUAUCUUCUCUGUGGGCAGAAUUAGAAAAAUAAAAAUAAGAGGCUAUCUUUUUGACUCCCAGAUUUCUAGCAACUUCAGGGAUUGGCUGUUUGGUAAUCUAACUGCUGGAAUUUCACAUAAUAUCGGAAAAAGGGCUUAUAAGGAAGAAGUUUACCUAAACAACAACAAUUAGCAGAUCCUGCCAGCCCUAAAGUAAGUGAGAAAAUUGAGCCGUUCAGCAGUAGGACGAUGAGGUUACUGAGAAUUGUAAAGCGUACUGUGUGAGGAUGCCUUGUUGUCUUGUCUUGUGAGGAGCAACAACCAUCAUGUAUGGACUGGGUAGAUUGCAUUGGAUUAAAGCACCAGACAAGGUGGGGAAUGGGCUUUAAAUUGAGCCAGUCCAUGCUCUGUAAACCAACCAAUGAGCCCUGGUGGGACUGCAUUGGUUGGAGGAAGGGAAGACUUUUUCUUAAACAAAGGUGCCCAUAGUUUCCUAGACCAGUUAAUGAGGAUCUGUUCCAACCAGAAAGACUACCAUUUUUCUAAUUCAUUAACCCAGAGAUGUAUCCUUUAACAGAUGAGAAAAUAGAGGCUCAGAGAAUUUAAAUGACAUGCCAGAGUUUACUUAGCCAUUCACUACACCACAUCCAUCAGACUGGAAAGACAUAAAACUCUGAGAAUACUAAGUAUUGAUCUGAAUGCUGGAGACUAGAUUUUUUAAAAAUCAACUUCUGUUGGAAACAUAAGAUAUAAGAUUCUAUUAUAAAGACACUUGCACACAUAUGUUCACUGCAGCACUAUUUAUAAUAGCGAAGACCUGGAACCAACCCAAAUGACCAUCAAUGAUAGAUUGGACAGGGAAAAUGUGGCACAUAUACACCAUGGAAUACUAUGCAGUCAUAAAAAACGAUGAGUUUGUGUCCUUUGUAGGGACAUGGAUGAACCUGGAAACCAUCAUUCUCAGCAAACUGACACAAGAACAGAAAAUCAAACACCGCAUGUUCUCACUCAUAGGUGGGUGUUGAACAAUGAGAACACAUGGACACAUGGAGCAGAGCAUCAUACACUGGGGUCUGUGGGGGAGAGUAAGGGAGGGACAGUGUGGGGUAGGGAGUUGGGGCAAGAU